CUUUAUCUCAACAUUUAGGAAAGUGGAACGCUUGAAUAAACAGAAGUAUUAUGACAACAACGACUAUUUUGUUGUCCAUAUGCUAUUUUGCGCUUACUUCUGUGCAAGGUAUACAUGGAGAUAUAUAUUGUCUGCAAUGUUCUGAUGUAGCUAGCGCACGUGAUUGUUACCAGGUUAAAAAAUGUGGACCGCAACAGGUGUGCUAUUCAACAACAGUGGUUUCAUCAACCGGCCAUAUUUCCAGGGAAAUGGGUUGUCGAGAUAGAGUACAAUGCAGCAAAACCAUUGUGGGAAAAAGAUCACCCUUCCGAAGUGUGGGGGAUACUCCUAUCUGUGAUGAAUGUUGUGACACCAACAUAUGCCAACCAAAGCUUUGUCAGGACAAAGAUUACGCUACAGACAGAGGACAAAUAUGUUUCAACUGCGAUGUACGAGUGAAAAAUGAUCCAUGUUUCCAAGUUACUGAGUGUGCUAGGGACGAGGUGUGCGCUACAACGCAUAAACUAUUGCCAUCAAGAAGUUUUGGGAUACAACAAGGUUGUUUUGGCAAACACACCUGUGCCGCAGUGUUAGCCUCCCCUAACUUUCAUAAAACAAACCAGACAUGCUUCAAAUGUUGUGAUACAGACCUGUGUAAUACUGACUGUGGAAACAACUCUGCAUCUACCAUACAUGUAGCUGGAGCUGGAGCAACUACACAAACUUCUGCUUCUGGUUGUGUGGAUAGAACAGCGGAAGCUACGUGUAAACUUGCGUCCAGUAUUGUUUGCCAAGACCAGACGCAUGCACAGAACGCCAAUUGUGAGCACUACUGCGGAUACUGUUAAAUACAGUAAAAUGCCAAGCUUUUCGUUGUCUUUAAACAAAACUUAUGUCAUUUAACUAAGCUUAAUCAUAAAUACGAUUUUAUGAAACGUUAUACUUGA